UUUGCCACAAGAAGAUUCAGUAGCAUCUUAUUCCAGCUCCAGAUUAUUUUCGGCUUCCUCUUCGUGCCGGAGAAAAAGACAUGGCCGGAAUCCUCAGCUCUACAACAACUCCAAUUUUCGGGCCAUUCUUAGGCAGCAAAACAUUAUCAACCAAAAGACCUUUUCACGUAAAAUUAUCUGCUCAAUCUUCAGAAACGCCUAUUGCUGCAUCCACUUCUGUGAGCACCAAAGAAGAACCCUCCACAAGUUCAGGGCCUUCAUUUUCACCGCCACCGAAUUUCAGGCCUCCGCAACCGAAGCCCUUUUCUGUGAGACCCGAUAAGAAUUUGGACAUCCUAGGGGGUUCCCUUGCCUUAAUUUUUCGCCUUGGUACUGGUGUUUUUGUUUCCGGGUACUCGGCAUCUUUUGUGCCAAAGAAUGAGAUUCCACCUAGCCAGUAUGCUCUUGAAAUUGCUGGUUUCAAGGUGAAAGAGACUUCAAAGUUAGGUCCACGCCCUGAAAAGCCCAUUGAGAUAUAUGAAUUUGAAAGCUGCCCCUUCUGUCGAAAGGUACGGGAAAUUGUCGCAAUUCUGGAUCUUGAUGUUCUAUACUACCCUUGUCCAAAGAAUGGUCCAAAUUUUCGUCCCAAGGUUGUUGAAAUGGGUGGAAAACGACAGUUCCCCUACAUGGUUGAUCCAAAUACUGGGGUCGCUAUGUAUGAGUCGGAUGAAAUAAUUAAGUACCUGGUUGGGAAGUAUGGUGAUGGAAAUGUCCCUAUUAUGUUGUCUCUUGGUCUAUUAACAACUCUUACUGAAGGUUUUGCCAUGAUUGGUCGCAUGGGUAAGGGUUCUUCCUAUACGCCAUCAAAAAUGCCACUGAAUCCCCUUGAGAUAUGGGCAUAUGAGGCUUCUCCAUUUUGUAAAGUUGUUCGAGAAAUACUUGUGGAGUUAGAGCUACCUCACAUACUUCGUAGUUGUGCCCGUGGAAGUCCAAAACGACAGGUGCUGUAUGAGAAAGCAGGACAUUUUCAGGCUCCCUACCUCGAAGAUCCAAAUACUGGGGUGCAAAUGUUUGAGAGUGCUGAAAUUGUAGAAUACCUAAAGGCAACUUAUGCUCUUUGAGAAGAAUAGAAAGUCAACUGCUUUUGAGCACUGCAGUUUUGGGAGAUCGACAUACAGGAAAUAUUGGCGGUUGCUGAGAGUGAAUUGUUUGAGGGGAACAAACGCCUUAAGCAAUAUUCUUGUGCUUCCUUGGAGGUUUGUCCUAUCUAUUGAUGCUGUAUAUACGUGUUACCUGUAUACUAUUUCAUUUUGGAAGUACAACGAGCAUAAAAACUGCUCCUUGUUUUUGGGGGUCAAUGAUGUAACAUAAGAAAACAAAAACAAUAGGUAGGAUAAAUAUGUACUUGAUUAAAGAUGAUUACCCUGAUAAAGGUGCAAAACUGUGUAGUAUAAAUGGCAAAUGGGCAUAGAGAGGGUUCAUUGCCACUAUUAUGUUGUUAGCUAACAUAUAUGGAAAUUGUAUCUUUGCACUGUUUAGAGAUUUUCAAGUUUAUGGUUCAA